CCCAUCCUCUCCUCUGCCUGCAGCAGCACUCCAGAACAUUUCUGUUGCCUCUUGAUGCACUGAGAAACAUCACAGAGUUUGCCAGAGGAAAGAUUUUUUUUUUCUCUGUGUGUGUGGUUUGUUGUCGGGCUCUAUUUUUUUUUUUUUUUCCCUCUUUUUAAUACUCUUGGCCAAGACACGAGAACUUCCUGAGUAACUUUGCAGAGAACUCCACAACAAUAUGCUCUGUUUGCUUUUUAUAACAUAAAUAAAUCUGAAGAUCUGCCAAGGAGGAAGAGAGGGAGGAAGCCAGAGACAAGGGAGGUGAUGGUGUAAGGAAUGGCUUUUGGCAGAGAAAAAAACCUGAGUGAAAAAACGGGUGUGUGGACAAAGGAGCCCUGAGAGCUGCUGGGACAACCAGCAAGCCCAGCCCAGGGAGGCUCAGCAUCUACAGGCACAGUGCAAAGGACAACACUGGGUUCCCUUCAAACCUUCCCCUUAAGGUUCAGGGAUGAGGACACUUCAGAGAAAUAGGAGUGUGUUGCAGCAAACUAAAAUCCUCUUGUGGAAAAAUGUGCUUCUCAAGUGGAGGAUGAAAAUGCAGAGCUUUCAGGAGUGGAUGCUGUCUCUGCUCUUCCUGCUGCUGAUGUUCCUGGUGAGCAUGUUCAUGGUGAACAUCCCCUACCCCGAGGUGCCUUACAGCCCCCUGGGGCACUUGGAUGAUCCUGCCUAUGAUGCCACUGGGGUCACCAUUGCCUUUACACCCAUCACUGGGACCACCAGGCAGAUAAUGAAUAAAGUGGCCUUGAACUCUGUAAUGAGAGGUAUAAAACUAGAGGCACUGGACAACGAGAGAGCCCUGGAGCAAGCCUGGAUUUCAGAUAAGGAAAUUAUAGGGGUUGUUUUUAAAGACAAUUCCUCCUAUCACCUCAGGUUUCCAUCUGGGAAAGUGGUUAUUCCAAACGACAACUUUGGCUACAUAGAUAACUGCUACAAUUUCUCAUCCCGGUUCUGUGACAGCCCAAGGUACUGGUACAAAGGUUUCCUGUCCCUGCAGUCCAGCAUCAAUGCUGCCAUUAUAGAGGUGGUGGCAAAUCAUUCUGUUUGGGAAGAAAUGAAAUCAAUUGCUGGUGUCCGGAUGAAGUCCCGGAGUGUCAUCUCCUCCAUCACACUGGAGUACAGCUUUUUCAUGAUCACCAUCGUGAUGUGUUUCUCUCCAUUCAUGUAUUUCUUGUCCAUGAAUAUUGUAAAAGAAAGGAAGAAGCUCAAAGUGUUGAUGAAGAGGAUGGGGCUGCAGGAUGUUGCGUUUUGGCUCUCCUGGAGUCUUCUGUAUGCUGUUUAUGUGCUGGUCCUCUCCUGCUUGCUGACAGCCCUGGCAGUGCAGGACCCCUUCUACCUCAGCAGCUUCCCUGCCGUCUCACUCCUGUUUUUCCUCUAUGGCCUGGCAUGUGUCCACCUGGUUUUCCUGCUCUGCUCCCUCUUCAGGACCUCCAAACUUGCAGGCUCCAUGGGGUUCCUCAUCACCUUUCUCUUUGGAUGCCUGAGCCUUGCUGUGCUGAUAGAAAAUCUUCCUGAACCUCUGCAGCUGUUUUUUGGGGUCUUCUGUCCUUUUGCAUUCAAUGCUGGGAUUGCAAAGAUUUUUCACUUAGAAAAAUAUGGAAUAGGUUUCUGUUUUUCUAACCUUCUGGAGGAAUCCUACUUCUUGUUUUCAACUUACAUGAUGCUGGUCUUUGACUCAGUCUUGUACCUGCUCUUAGCACUGUACUUCGACAAAGUUCUGCCAGGCAAAUAUGGCAUCCCAGAUCCCCCUUUCUUCUGCCUGAAGCCUUCGUUCUGGGUGCAGAGCAGGAGAAGCCUCACCAGGGAGAUGCCAAUAACUGCAACAAAUCCUGAGGAAUUCUUGGGUGAUGACACAGAGCCAGUGCCCCCCGAAUUCCUGGGGAAAGAGGCCAUCAGACUCCACAAUGUCAAAAAAACCUACAAAAAGAAAGACAAGAAGACAGAAGCCUUAAGAGGUUUGUCUUUAAACAUUUAUGAGGGUCAGAUCACUGCCUUACUUGGUCACAGUGGGGCUGGGAAGACAACCCUGUUAAACGUGCUGGCUGGGCUCACUUUGCCUUCUGCAGGCUCUGCAACCAUCUACAACUGCAAGCUCUCUGAAAGGGGAGACAGGGAAGGGAUUAGGGAGCUGGUUGGCAUUUGCCCACAGUUCAACAUGCAGUUUGAAGCCCUAACAGUGAAAGAAAAUCUGAAAACUUUUGCUGAAAUCAAAGGCAUCCAGUCCAAAGAGGUGGAGAGAGAGGUGCAAAACAUUUUGGAAAUGCUGGAGAUCAGUGACAUCCAAGACACUCAAGCUGAGAAGCUGAGUGGUGGGCAGAAACGCAAGUUGUCCCUUGGGAUUGCAUUGCUUGGAAACCCCCAGGUUUUGCUCCUGGAUGAGCCCACAGCUGGGCUGGAUCCUCUUUCCAGACAUCAGGUGUGGAGCCUCCUCAAGGAGCAGAGAGCUGGCCGGGUGAUUGUGUUCAGCACCCAGCUGAUGGAUGAGGCUGAUGUCCUGGCAGACCGCAAGGCUUUCAUCUCACACGGGAGGCUGAAGUGUGUUGGAUCUUCCCUGUUCCUGAAGAAAAAAUGGGGGAUUGGCUAUCAUCUCAGGAUCCAUGUCAGUGAGUCUUGUGACCUGGAGAAGGUGACAGCUCUGGUGAGAGGGCACAUCCCCAAUGUCAGGUUCUCAGGACACAGUCAGUAUGAGCUGAGAUAUAAACUGCCAUUAGAAAACACAAAUAAAUUCCCAGGUCUGUUCAGUGGCCUCGACAGCUGCUCUGACCAGGGGAUUAUCAACUAUGGAGUUAGCAUGACAACCCUGGAGGAUGUCUUCCUGAGACUGGAAGAAGCAGCCAGCUUGGAUCAGGAAGAUGAGCACAUCCUUGGGGAGGAGAGGGCAGAUGCAGGACCAUGGAGCCCUGAGGAGAUGGAGCUGGGGUCCCUGCUUCUCUCAGACAAGGGGACAGUGGCAGGGGGCAGCUUGGCUCUCUGGAGGCAGCAGGUCUCUGCCAUGGCAUGGGUCCACUUCUUAAAGCUGAAGAGUUCAGUGAAAAACCUGAGGUCAAUUUUGCUGCUCUACGUGGUUUUUCUGCUUCCUCUGGUUUUGCAACUGGCCCUGGUUGCUGCCUGGCAGAGUGUGAGUGCCUGGGAGCUCUCCUCAGCUCGGUAUUUCUCUCCCCUGGGGAAGAGAGCUGGCUCGGGGACAACCAACCUCCUGGUCCACAACAACACAGGCACAGACAUUGGAGACUUCAUCCACACCCUGGAGAGCCAAGACCUGAGAGUGGAAAUAACAAGUGAGGAAAAUAUCACAGAGGAGCUAAAACACAACGGGGCUCUAAAAGUGUCUCUCAAGGGCCAGAGCUACAGGUUUACCAUGUUAUGCCACCUGGAGGCCAUCAACUGCUUCCCAGUCCUUGUCAAUGUCAUCAGCAACUCUCUGCUGAGAACCCUCAAUUCCACCCUGCACAUUCGGACCUGGAGCCAUCCCUUUUUCUCUAUCAAUGACCCACGGUUCUGGGAUUAUUUUGUUUCUUUUUACCUCAUUUAUAUGCUGCUGUUAUUCCCUGGGUUUCCUCCUCACUUUGCAAUGGGCUACAUGCAGGAUUACAAGGCAGGAGCUGGUGCCCAGCUGAGGAUCUCAGGGCUCUUGCCCUCAGCCUACUGGUGUGGCCAGGCUUUGGUGGACAUCCCUCUCUGCUGGAUCCUUCUCUUCUCCAUGUUUGGCCUUCAGUUCACAAUGAGCAACAAGUUUUCUGGGAGCAUCAUCAACCUCUCCUUGCUGAUCAUGGGUAUCCUUGGCUAUGGAAUUUCUAUUGUUCUCUUCAUCUACUUGAUCUCCUUCGUCUCUCGGAAAGGAUGGAACUGUAAUUUUUGGUCUUUUAUCCUGAUAGUGGUGUGCUUGGUUUCCUAUAUCAUUGGCAAAAUCAUGGAGAUCUUAACUGAUACUACAGCCCCUCUCUAUGUUAUGUCUCUCUUGAUUCCUGUGUACCCACUGCUGGGUGUAACCAUCAUAUACCAACAGUUUUUUAUAGAAGACCUCGACAUGUUUGGUGAGACUUCUGGGAAAAAUGUCCUAUUACCUGUCUUUGCACCUUACCUCCACUCUGUGGGUUUCGUUUUUCUCCUCCGAUACUUGGAGAUCAAAUGUGGAAGAGCAGUUCUGAGAAAGGACCCAAUAUUUAGGAUUACCCCAAGGAGAGAAAGCAGCCCCCAGCAUCCUGAGCAGCUGGAAGAAGAAGAUGAAGAUGUUAAAGCUGAAAGAGCAGCAGUGAGAAAAGCCAUGGCAGCUUCAAACCAGGAGGAGGAGGAGAAAUCAGUCAUUAUUGUCAGCAAUCUCUGCAAGGAAUACAAAAUAAAACAAGCUGGCUCCGUUUUCAAGAAGAAGAAGAAGAAAACGGCCACCAAAAAUCUUUCCUUCUGUGUUAAAAAAGGAGAAGUAUUAGGACUUCUGGGGCCCAACGGAGCUGGGAAAAGCACAGCUAUCAAAAUGAUGACUGGAGAGACCCCACUGACUGCUGGGCAGGUGCUGCUGAAGAGCAGAGAUGGAGCAGCCUCUGCCCUCCAGGACCAUGGAGCUGCCUCCCUGGGGUACUGCCCUCAGGAGGACCCUCUCUGGCCAGACCUCACCCUGCACCAGCACCUGAAGGUCUAUGCAGCUGUGAAAGGGGUGUGCAAGGAGGCCACAGCAGCUGCUGUCAACAGAAUAGUGAAUGCUCUGCAGCUUCAAGACUAUUUGAAGAAAAAGACCAGAAAAUUGCCAGCUGGGAUAAGCAGAAAGCUCUGCUUUGCCAUGGCCAUGCUGGGCAACCCUGAUGUCCUGCUCCUGGACGAGCCCUCAACUGGCAUGGACCCCAAAGGGCAGCGUUUCAUCUGGAAGCUGAUUCGUGCUGCCCUGAAGUCCAAGGAGACAGGAGCCAUCCUGAGCACCCACUCCAUGGAGGAGGCAGAGGCCGUGUGUGACCGUGUGGCCAUCAUGGUCUCUGGGCACCUACGGUGCAUUGGCUCCAUUCAGUACCUGAAGAACAAAUUUGGGAAGGGCUACCUGCUGGAAAUUAAGGUCAAGGAUCCCGAGCACACUGAUCAUCUCCAUGCUGAGAUUUUGAGGAUUUUCCCAGGUGCAGCCCGCCAGGAGAGGUUCCCUUCUUUGCUUGUCUACAAGGUCCCAAUGAAUGAUGCACUGCCCCUGUUUCAGUCUUUCUCCAAGCUAGAGGAAGCCAAACAGAGCUUCAACCUUGAGGAAUACAGCUUCUCUCUGAACACUUUGGCUCAGGUGUUUUUGGAACUUGCCCGAGAGCAGGAAAAGGAGAAUUUUGAUCUGACUUUGGGUGGGACUUAUGAAUGGAAACAGCUUCAGCAGGAGGACUGGUAGAGACCUCAAGCUGCCUGUUCACACACGACUCAAUAUGAACCAACCCAAUGUGAUCCUGCACCUCUUUACUGCCCUUGUCAGCCCACCACAAGGAGGAUGAAGAGGUAAGCAUGGGCUGAGGGCUCCUCUUUGAAGCAGAAGACAUUUCACCUGGACUCUGCAGGUGUCUACACCCAGGCUGCUGGAUGAGAUGGUGCUGGAGAAGCAGAGCAGCAGCAGGAUGAGGAGGUUUGCAGAAAAGGAGGGUGAGAAUCCCACCCUUAGGGCCCAAGGCUCUGCUUUGCUCAGUGGAUCUGGGUGCACAUGGGAAUCUGGACACGCUGCCCACCUCCUGGGCUCCUCUCCCUUCCCCAGUGGGUGUUUAAAAACAUCUUGCUGAAAAUUGCACUCUAUUUUUAUACCCAAUAAAUGUCUCUAUGG